UGACUGAAAACAGAACAGACUCUGCUCAGCUGCAGGUUUGUUGGUUCAAUCUGCAGCAGAAGCUCGUGUUGUUCCCGGUGAAAUGACCAGUGGGCGGCGCUGCGUCCCCCCCGCCUCCAUCCAUCCAGGUGUGCUUCAUUUGGCCGCAGGUAAAGAGACCCUCUCCGCGUGUGAAGCCACCUCAGACUUGUGGACAUGUUUUCUCUCGUGUUCUUCCUCCUGGUGCCGCUGCUGUCGGCUCUGAAUCUAACGGCCCCCCCGCAGGUGAGGAGCGUUCACCGGAGGGGGGCGCCGACCCCGCCGCCCUCCUACCUCCGCCUCCCCGUGUUCGUCAACUCGAAGCAGCCGCUGGUGGAGAAGGAGCGUUUCUCUCCGGCCAGAGGCUCCGGACUUGAGCCGCUACCCGACGCCGUCCGGGGAGUCCUGCUCCCGGUCCAGGCCCCGGUCCAACCCGAGCCCGGUCCGCCCGGCGAGUCGCCUGAUUCGGUGCAGAUCUGGUGCAAGGUGACCCGGAUGCUGGUGCAGGUGGAGAGGAGCGUUCUGGGUGCAGGCGACCCCGUGUCCUGGCUCAGACUGGGGACAUGCGGUGCCAGCGAAUACACCUGGGACCACGUCUACUUUGACUACGACCUGGACGCGUGUGGAACCGAACGCGCGAUGGUUGACAACAUGGUGACCUACUCCAACACGCUUCGGUACGACCCACCCGGGCUGCAGGCGCCCAUCAGACGAGCGGUGCCCUUCACCCUCCCCGUCUCAUGUCGCUUCCCCAGGUACCAGUACUCCUACAAGGUCGGCUACACCCCCCAGGUGCAGAUGCGAGACAUUUACAAGCAAAUGACGAAAAGAGCAAAGUUCAUUCUGACGCCACGAAACGCUCAGUGGAAGAGGCUUUCCCCCUCGGAUCAGUACGUCCUGGGCCAGCCCAUUUACUUCGAGGCCGAGGCCCCGCCCAUGCCCCCCAACCAGAGGCUCUACAUCCUCUCGUGCUACGCUACCGCUGAAAAGUCGCACGCCUCCACGCCUCAGUUCCCCAUCGUGGCGAACCUCGGAUGUAUGGUGGAGAGCAAAGCCGGGCGCUCCAGGUUCAUCCCGUACAGGAACAACGUGGUGAGGUUCUUCGUGGACGCCUUCAUGUUCAUGGGGAAGAGCAGCCAGCUCUUCAUGCACUGCAGCAUGUCCGUGGCCAGCUCCAUCCCCACGACCACCACCAAGUCCUGCAACUACGAGCCGGAGGCCGGACGGUGGGUGGAGCUGUAUGGAUCAGACUCCGUGUGCUCCUGCUGUGACUCCAGCUGUAUCUCUACUGCAUCUACAGUGACAAAAAUAAUCAGCAGCCGACCGUGGACGGUGAAACCUAAAGGGAGACCAAACUCCACCCUGAAGAGGAGGAAGGCCUCCACCACCUCCUCCAGCACCACAACAACUCCACAACCUGAGGCCACUGAGUGGACACCAGAGACUGAAUCUACAGCGCCGAUGAAUAAGAUGGAGAAAACUCAAAAGGAGUUGGAGGAAGGUGAGGAGGAGGAG